UACACCCCACGAAGCAGCUGGCGGCAAGGCCCACGCAUGCAAAUGCAACACAGCCCACAAAAAACGCCGACGGCGACGACCGACGGCGACCUCGACACUUGGCCCGACGCUAUAUAUUUCGGUUUCCUCUCAUUUUUCCUUUAAUAUUGUAGUAAGAAUAUAAUAAUAAGGUAUUGUUUGGGUCUCAAAGAAAGUGAAAAACUUCUUCAACUCUCUCUUUUGCAAUGCAAGCAUCUCUCGAGGUCCAUGCCUGGCCUCUUUCUCAUGCGGCCCUCUUUUGUUUUGUUUUGUUUGCUUUCUUCCCGUUUCCCUGUCACCUUUCCUUUACCAUUUUUGUAUCUAUAUACAUAGAUGAGACUUAUGGGUGUUUAUAUACGUGUACAUUUUCUCCUUUUCCUUUCCUAGAGAGAGAAGGAGAGAGUGACUUGUUGAUGUUACAAGGUGGUAUAUAAGGAGGAAAACAAAACAAGAAAAUGUGAAUGUGUCCACUCUCUCAUCAUGGGAUGUGUGUGUGUAAAGAGAAAGACAACACAUUCUAGAGAGAGAGAGAGAGAGAUGGAGAGAGGUGUGGGGCAAGGUCACUUGUAUGCAUCAAAGUAAUGGACAAUGGUAGUACCAAAAAGGAAGAGUGGAAUAGGAUAGAAUAUGUAUAUCAAUAUAUGAGAGAGAGAGGGGGCCAUAGUCAUAGACAAAUCAUGAUGAUGAUGGGGAACCCUAGAUAAUGAAACUUUCUUGCCUUGUGAAAGAGGGCACUCCCUCUCCUUCCUUUGCCUUUGUACUAUUCCUCACUCUUUUCCCCAUCACCUCUCUCUUUCUCACUCACUAUUUGGUUUCCCCUUUCCCUUUCUAAGUUCAUCUCCCCCUACCCUUUUGCUUUACCUUGUUUUCUAAUGUACUUAAUGAUCACUAGGGCUCUUUAGUUGUUGUUCCCUAAUCCCUAAGUUUAAGUGGGAAGAAAGUAGUUUUCUAUCUAAAUUAAUAGCAAUAUUUGAAAUCAUAUUUGGAACGAAUCCUGAAAAUGAUCAGUAGCAAACCAUUCACGCUCAUUUCUCUCUAUAUAUUUCGAAAUAACCCUGAAAAUGUUUAGAAAACCAUCCUUUCAGUUUGGUUCCUCUUUUCACAAACCCUUUCACUCAUAUGUCGAUCAUAUUUCGCCAUAUUCAUGGUUAGCCAAUUAACUUCCCGAAACGACGAGUGAGAAAAAAAAGUUCAUGUUACUCCUGCCCCUCUACCCUUACAACUUUGGCCCUAGUACUUUGAUAUGGUCCCGUUUACCCUAUCACAAGCCAGCCAUCCAAUGGGGCAAACCAGUCAGGAGGCCAUAAUUAGGUCAACUGUAAAGUCAGAAAACAACCCUUUUCUUAACCCUCAAGCAUGUAAUAUUAUUGCAUGUACCUAAACUCCCAAGGCAAGCACGACCCUCAAUGGUGUACGUUGGGAGAAAUAAAUAUUUAGUACUACACAUCAUUUUCACUCUCCAAACUUCAAAGCUCCCCAUUCAUUCAUUCAUUCAUUCGAUGCCACCACCAACAGUAAUAAUAAUAGUAGUAAAUGGAAGUAUUCACCCAUUCCAAUAGCAGUCUUUAAUGGGACAGUAACAAGAGAGAAUCGAGCUAUAGCUAUUGAUAAGUGUAACUCUAUUUUGAGGGGGUGUGCAGAAGAAACAGGUAAAAGGGCUCCAUUAAUAUUGUAUAGUUUUCCCCUCUAGCUCCCAUCUUGGAUUCAGAGAAAUGGUGUGCUUAUUUAAUGGUGAUUUUGUUUCUAGGUUGAAGAAGAAGUGGUAAUUUAAUGGCAUUGGAUGGUGCAGGCUGGUCAGGCAGAGAGAGGGAAAGAGGGAACCGUUCCUCUUACUCUGCACAAAAUUCUCAUAAUGUGGGAAGGGAAGUGGUGGUUGUGUGAGAUAACAAUAACAAUGGGAAAGGGUUUGAUGCCUAAUGGCAUUUCAAGCUAUUCUAUUAUGCAUUGUCCACAUGUUCUUUAUCAUAUUAAGAUGUGAAAGACAUCGAUUUUUCGUAUUCGGUAUUUAUGUGCGUGCAAGACUCAUGAUUUUGUGAAGAUUUCCCGAUCAUGGAAUUCGUUUUUGUUGAUUAACUAGUGAGGGUUUUGCUGAAUAAGUUGUCUGGGUGAGUCUAUUGGGUAUUAUGAUUAGAAGGAAGAAAGAUGGAAAAUCAUGAUUGAUACAAGAAAUUAAGCAUCUUAACUGUCAAGCACCGCGUUUCAUUAUUUUAGAAGAUAUUUAAUGGAUAUAUAAUAUGUUUACUGUUUGUUACCAUUCAUAUAAUGUGAAGAUUUAUUUUUUUAAAUAACUAAGUAUAUAUUUAUAUAUGUGUGUGUUUUUUUUGAAAGUGAAAGGUCAUGAACCCUAAUAAAGGAAAUAUGCAUUCCCAUGUGAAUAUUAAAUAAAAAUCUAUUUACUUUGCUUCUAGGAAAGGGUGGCAAACUGGCAAUGGAAUGGUUACACGAUGUGUGGGUCUAUAUUGGAAUCCCACAACCUCCCAAAAGAUGAAUAAGGAACCCCAAAAAGGCCACAAGGCCAACCAUUAUUUUCAGCUAGAAAUCAUAUCUAUCUAGCUACCUCUCUUUCUCUCUUACACACACAAUGAGUAAGUUGCUUGAAAAUGUAUAUUUAUUCCUCUUUUCAGUUUUCACUACUCUCUUUUGCUUUUGUGGGAGUUUUCAAGAACCUGCCAAAAUGCCAUGAGCCAACCUAGCUAUCAACUUUUUUCACUUGGAUAGAUUUGGUUAUGUGUGUUUAUGGGGGAGUGGAGUAAGGCUAAAGAUAAAAAGAGAAAUAAAAUAAUAUGUCCCAUAAAUAAUUAUUCCCAAUCUAUGCAAAUCUUGAAUCCAUGAAAACUCCUCCCCAUCUUUCUCCCCACUAUGUUUAUCAAACAAUUGUAGCAUUGAAAAGAGAGGACCAACCAUUCAUAAAAAAGUGUGUAGCAAGAAAAAAAAAUAGAGGACCAACUCAUGUUUAGGGAACUAUUCUUCUUUUCUUUUGUGUCUAUUUGGGUCAAUUACCAUAUACACUAACAAAUCAGACACUAAUUUUAACGAAGUUAUUAAAAUCCAGAAUAAUCAAAAUGUCACGAAUAUUCAACCACUUUAUUCAUCAUCAUCAAGUUUAUUGUAUGAUUAGUGUGUUAUCUCACCCAUGUUAAUCACAAAAGGCCGCAUAGACCCCUAACCCGCUAGCUAUAUGACAGAGCGAGGUUUUCCCUGGAUUAGGUAAGAGGUAAAUGAAUCAUUAAUUACAGUUGAUCAAUCAACAAUCUACGUAAUCAUUUAAUUAUUAAUUCGGACGAGUUGGUAUUACUAAUAAACUUGGAGUAAAAACCAAACCGCAAUGGACAAAUUGAUUAUAUAUUAGCUAGGUCAUCCACAACUUCCAUGACCUUACAUAUUGGAAAGAAAAAGGUUGGUGGCUGAUUUGUUAUUAGCAUAAAGUUUAUUGACCCAUUUCUCUUCCCUAGGUUUAGCAUAAAAAUGAAGUGCUUGCUAUACAUUGGUUGUGUGCAAAGUGUAACCAUCAACCUUUCCUCCCACUUCCUCAAUAAUAUAUGAGAUAUGCCAUGUGCUAUGAGCAUCAAAGGCCCUUCCUUCUCUCACUCUAUCAUCCUCCAUUAUAAUGGAGGAAUUCUUGGACAUUGUGGUGGCAAACCCAACUCCCUCCAUCUUUGGUAAAAAUCAUUAUGCUUUUCCUACUUUUUGGGGCAUUUCCUCCCACUUUCUUUCCCCCUCUCUAGUCUCACAAAGUGCUUCAUUAGUUCUUUCUUGUGCAUAUUAGCCAUUAGGGCACUACUUGAAAAAAGCCAACCACUUUGGAAAAUCAUUUCAUCAUCCAGAGUUAGCUACAAGCCUAUGUCUAUAUCUUUAUAGCUCCUUUUUUGGUGUGUUUGUGUGUUGGAUUGUAAGUAAGUGGGCAAGCAGCAAAACAUGAUCUCCAUUAUAUAAUUAUUGCUAUCAAAGCAAAAUGGAUCUUCCAUGUGGAUGGAUAAAAUGAAUUGGUGGCGAGAUUGGACUAUGUAUGGCUCAAGCAAUUACAAUAAGAUAAAAAUACAAAAUAUGAGUGAAACCAAUGAUGGGUUUCAAGGAAAUGUUAUAAAGUUUGAUCGAUUAAUAAUGACUAUAAGUUUGAUAACACAUUGACAACAAAACAUACUAAUUCGAUCAAAAUAUAUUCUUUUUUAUGAUGAUAAUAUCCUUUUAUUAAUUAAGAGACAAAGAAAGGUCCAACAAACAACCACUCACAUAACCAUAUUCAGUUGGCUACCUACUAAUUUAUACAAGCAGGAGUCAUGAACGAUAAGGGAAAAUGGGGAAAUGGAAAAAUAUACAGAAAUCAAUAGCGGAGGUGUGGAUAUUCAGACACCCACUACGAAAACCAAUUGUCUAUUGGGCGAUGCAACACGGUUCUUCAAUAUCUCAGAUCUUCUUCUUUGUAAACAACCACACUAGCCAUUCGCCAAGCUAGUGUGCAACUACGAUCCAUCCACCUACUCUCAAGCUUCUAUGGAGACUUUAGCCACAAUUGUGUCGUUACUCUGUCUACUUUGCCAACCGUGAUAAGCCACUCAUAUUGUUCGAUUUUUAUCUGUUGUACCAACCGUUUUUUUCUUCUUAACAACGAGGCAGACAUAUAUAUCAAUCUUUAUGCCCACAUAUGAAACAAUAUAUCACACUAAUGUUUCAAAUCUCCUACUUUCUUUUGCCCACCUCCCAUCUUUUCUUCCUCUACUUUCUGAAGGUUUCACAUUCUCAACAGUGAAAAUGACAUGAGAGCAUGGAUUUAUUUGGAGGUGACACAACACAAGAAUCAAAGGGCUAACACAUUGGACCAAUUCCAUUGAGGAAAAGAUAUGGUAAAAUAUAUCCAUCAGCAAAUUGUGUGGAGUACUUAUCAUUGUGGCAUCAAUCAAAAAGCACCCCUCAAAGGAAAAGAAAACAAAGUCCAUUGCUUGAAGAUUUUUCAGGGCCUACCCAUUAAAAGUUGUCCCCUAUAAUUGGAUCCCAUUUGGAUUUAAUUGAUCAUCAUGGUCCUAAAAUUUGGCCACCACUAGCUACUUGCAACGGUUGAAACUUUAGUAGCGAGCUACGCAUGAUGCAAUUUCCAUAGGUAGUAAUAUUCUGUUCUUAUUCGUUUAGUGCACAACCUAAGGUCCCUAAUGGACCGACCUGACCUAGUAGUCUCUUUGAAUUUUCUUAUAUUCUCAACACCAAGGAUUGAAAAACCGUACUGUACCGAUAGUUCGACCAGAAAAAUCUCAUAUCAGAACUUAAACCGGUAUGUGAUAUUUAGCGAUAUGAAACGAUUGAACUACAGUUAGACCACAGUUUUAACUUAUGAUACCAUGCCACUGAAUUUUUCGAUACAACCUCCAGUACGAUUUUAGAAUCCUUGGUCAACACUUCCCACGUAAAGAACUUUAGGGGGUCGUUUGGAUUAGAGAUUUGGAUGAGUGAUUUCAGAAGGAUUUAAACAUAAUCUCUAAUUCUUCAGGAUUUUAAUACAAUUAUGAGUUUGGGAAAGAUGAGGGAUUUUACAAUUAGGAAUUUUAAAAACUCUCAAUCGUGGGUUUUAGAAAUAGCUGAUCACCAUCAGCUAUUUCUAAAUCUCUCGUUCUUCUUUUAUUUAUUCCAAAACCUACCCUCCAUUCGACUCUUCUUCCUUCUUCUCUGGCCGACCUUAUUACUCCAAUCACUCCACCCUCAACCGCCGACGCAUAGCAUCCUGAGCAGCAUCCAGAUUUCCCCAACCACCACCACAUCUAUCAACCUUCUCCGUUGUCCUAUGCCAUUGACCCCCAGUCACCGCCACUACGGCCGUGAUCGAAGAGCUCCAAAAGACGACAAGCAGGCUUCAGCUCCGCUUGUCGAUUUGUUGAUCGAUGGUCCCGCCGUAAACAUCCCCACGUCGGUGCUGAUUUGUUGUUUGAAUGUGCCUGGUUAAGAGUCGAGAAGAAGUGAGGGAAUCUGAGGGGUCAGAUGGAAUAUCAGGGAAGGGGGUCAGAUGGAUAGAGAAGGGGGAAUCACCCAAUCUGGGUUUCAAUCGAUAGACUAGCGAACUCGAGUCAUCUGAAGUGGAAUACAAAAGCGGUAACCAGCUAGGGUCGUUUGGGAUUGGAAGGGAGUGAGAUGUAUAUUCAAUUUUGGAUUGGGGUUCUUAUUGUUUCUGAUUCUGAGUUUGUUAUCUUCUUCUUUUAUCUGCAAACAAUAAUGGGAUUAUGGGUUUGUGAUGGAAGCAGGUAAGAAGAGCAGUAUGAUUAAUUGGUGUAGAAGCAGGGGAAGAACAAUUGAUUGUUAGUUUGAUUACAAACGAAGAACACGAGGGAAGAUGACAAAGGAUAUUCUUGUAAUUUGAGUUUUAAGGUUAAAAUUCUGUGUUUUAUCCAAACGAGUUAUUUCUAUCAAAUCCUGUAUACAAAUUCCCUGGUAUUUUAAACGAGAGAUUUUAAUCAAAAUCCCUCGUUAUUAAAAUCUCUCAUCCAAACGACCCCUAGAACUUUUCCCCCAAGUUAGUUAUACUUUACUUAAAUGUUCUCUACUAAGUUGAUCUACCUAAUCAAUGGAAUAUAUAGGUGGGAGAGGUCCAAUAUCAAACAUUAAAAACUUGAGCCAAUGUCAUAUUCGUACUAUUCAUCCAAAUUGUCCAUGUAUAACAACGUGUCAAUUCUCCAAAACUAUUGAUGAAAGAGGCAAAGAAAAAUCAUACUUAUAAGUUUAAAAUGUCUUACAUAGCAAUCACUUCUUAAAAGUUUUCAUCUAAAUUGUUUCACGUACAUUGAUCUGUCAAUUCACCACAAUUUUUAUGAAACACACAACAGAAAAUCCUCUUACGCUAUGGAUAGGGGCGUCGGAGAUCACGAACAGAGUUAGUUAUGAUCUAGCUAGGACCAAUUUGUUGCAUCACUUGCCCUUGGGUAAGUGUCAUGGCUUGAGGUUUCCAUCAACGGUUUUUGUAAAUCGUCACUUGGGUAAUUAAAAAAUGAUCGAUUUGUCACUUGCCCCAAAAUUCAGUCACCAUUUUUGUAAAUCGCCCUUGGGUUUGGGUAAGUGUCAUCACUUGAGGUUUCCAUCAACGGUUGGCUCCAUUUUGGAUGGCUGACGAUGGUUUUACUUUGGAAAUUACGUGUUCAAUAGCCCUUUUCUUCUUUUCCCAUCACCCAUUAGGCGACUUUUCUUCUUUUCCCCAUCACCAUUAGGGUUGGUUUGGCUACUUUCCUUUUAAUUAUACGGAUUCUACUUCUACUAGCUAUCUAGCUCAGGCUUAUAUUGGAAGAUGCCAUAUGCCAACAAUGUUUGAAUGGAUUAAGACAUUGGUGUGGUGUGGGUUAGAAAAUCACUCGAAUGCUCGGAUGUCACUUUCAGAGGUUGUCUUUGCUUUGCUGAGGGAACACAUUGCUUGGGAUGUUUGAAAUUCCAACCAAAGUUUAAGAAAAACCAAACACACUUUGAGACAUCAUCAAUCAGGCAACUAUAUUGGAUGACUUGUGAAUUGUGACGAUAACAUCCAAAACCCACCCAAAAGAACAAAACUUUCUACCUUCA